AUGGCUAAGAGAGCUCUGGGCUUUGACACAGGUUUUAAUUCCGGAUAUAUAACAGUAAAUAGGUGCGAGGUAAACUUGGCUCCCGCAAAUAGUCUACCGUCGGUGGCGCUUGCCAGUCACCGAGGAUGUGGGAAUACGUGGAUGCGGCAUUUAAUUGAACAGACGACUGGUAUUUAUUCAGGAAGUCUCGGAAACUCCUCCUUUAUGUUGGAAAACGGAUUUCUCGGUGAAUUGGAAAGCAGAACAAGUGGUCGAACAGUUGUUACAAAAACACAUGGAAUAAAUUUCAAGAAGAUUAAUAUGUUUGAUAAAGUGAUACUAAUUUUUAGAAAUCCUUAUCGGUGCUUUUUAGCCGAGUUCAAUCGUCAGCAGACAGGCAGCAAGACCGAAAGAGCAUUGGCGACUUCGUUCAACUCGAAAGCAUGGCAAUCAUUCAUUCAUCGGCAGUUUUCAAGAUGGGAGGUCUUUGCAAAAAAUUGGCUAACAAGCAAUUUACCGAAGCUUGUGGUCCACUACGAAGAUUUGGAAGAUAAUUUGAUUCACGAAUUACGCAGAAUCUCGCGUUUUUUGAACGUUACUUCAUUUGAGUCUAGAUUGUCUUGUGUGAUGAAAAACACAGAGGGACGAUUUCAUCGAACAACCG